AUGCUUUUUGAAGACCAGCAGACACAGCGGCGCAUGAUGAACUAUGUAGGGUGGCGCGUGGUUCAUCACUUCAUGCGGCACGCUGGUACUAGCUUUCGAGACUUGACCGAGGCUUUCAUGACGGCGAGGCUGAAGGAAGAAAGGUUCCCUUACGAGAGAAGCUGUCUGAGAGACGUCAACGAUGUGAUGUCUUUCGCUGUGGGGCGUGUCUUCGCUGAGACAGUGUUGUCACAGGACCAUUUUGACUUUGCUGCACGGACAGUGAACGCUCUCAUCAAAGGUUUCCAAGUCGUACUUAAAGAGUUUCAGUGGGCUCCCCUAGACGUGCAGUCCAAGUUUUCGAGAAUGGAAUACCUCGUCAGCUACCCAGAGUGGAUAAAGAAUUUCUCUAGACUAAACGCCUAUUAUGACAGUGUACGGACAAGGGGAUCGUACUUCGAGCGGUACAUCAGCGCCUCGCGGAAUCGGUAUCAGCGUUACCUCUCUGCACCUCCGAUGAUGCCGUACAUGCAUCGCAGGCUUGCAGAGUUCAUCUUCCCCUCCCGGGUAGUGGACCUCGAGCGGCGCGUGGGGGCUCCGCGGGAGACCAGCUUCUACGACGUCCGCGACAACACGCUCAUCGUACCGGCCGGCGCCAUGCAGCCUCCCUACUACGACACGAGGCGACCGUGGGGCCUCACCUUCGGAGGCCUCGGAACCAUGGUCUCCCGAGAUUUCGUCAACGAAAUGUUCCACACGCCUGAAGGAAUUCUAAAAGACGACAAGCAGAAGACAAUCUUCAAGGACAAGACCCAAUGUCUCCUGGACCACAUCAAGAAGGGAUUGGACCCCAACGCAAAUCCGGACUGCUCGAGCAUCGUCACCGACGUCUUCGCGCUUCGAGUGGCGUACGAGGCGUACCAGAUCUUCGUCGACGGCAGGGACGACGACACGCUUCAGGGCGUCGCUCAAAUGACACCGGACCAGCUUUUCUUCAUUUCGGCCGUGCGUACGCUGUGCACCAGCAUCAGGGAGCAGCACUUUUCUCAAGUCGUGCUCCUGGGCAAGAACGUUAUGGAGAUGGACCUCAUCGACCCAGCAGUAAUGAGCAUGCGAGAGUUCGAGGACGCCUUCGACUGCAAGCAGAAUAACUUCACGUCUGGCGAGAACUUGUUCAACAAGUGCUUCUACCCUCCUCAAGCAUCGUGA